AUGCAAAGCGUUAGUGAAUUUAUUACUAAUAGUGAAAUUAUUUCAGAUAACGAUAUGGACACUUCAUCUGACGAUUGUAUGGAAGAUGACGAGCAGGAAGAAAUGGAAGUUGAGUAUUUCAGUUUGAGCGAAGAAUGGAUGGAGAAAAUAAGACGAAUUGGGGAUGAUUCUCUAUCAUAUGUACGUGAAUAUACGGAAGUAGAUUUAAUAGAGGAAGAGAAUGACGAUUUUUUUGAAGAUGCUUUUCUCUUCGCAGAGCCAAUGCCAUUGAGAAAAAGACAUACGGCUUUGAAUGUUAAAACAAGAGGUUCUUACAGAAAAUAUACUCCUAAACAAGUUGAGAAACUCUUCGACUUAAUAAUCGAAGAAGUAUUCACGACAAAGGCUGCAGCUUUAGCCACUGGGAUUAAUGUACACACUGCCCAGAAUUACGUUAAAACUUACAACAAUGAUCCUGAGAGACGACUUCCAGGAUCUUAUUCUAAACCUCGUGGAAGACCUCGUAAUAAGUUGACUGAGGAGCAUUCUAAAUUUCUAGUUGACUAUAUCGAAAAGAAUACCACUGCUAUAUUAGAUGAGUUAAAGUUAAAACUUUGUGAGAAAUUUGAGGGUUUGAAAAUCUCUAUUUCUGCCAUUCACAAAAAUUUAGUACAUAAGCAUAACAUUACGUUAAAGAAACUUGAAAAAAUACCAGCAGCAAGAAAUUCUGACAGAGUAAUAGCAUUACGAAAAGCGAUUGUUGAACAAUAUAAGAGUGAUGCAGAUAUGGAUUUUUCUAAGAAUUGUGUUUUUAUCGAUGAAGCAGGUUUCAAUUUGCCUACGCAAAGAAACCACGGCCGUUCAUUAAAAGGCACACCUGCAAAGGGCACUGUACCAACUGGAAAAGGUGUAACAUUUACAAUUUUAGGUGCAAUUUCUCAAGCAGGUAUCAUAAAUAUUGGAGUUAAAAAACCAGAAUCAUCUUCUUCUAAAAAAAGAAGGGCAGAUGUUAAGGAAUGUCAGCGCAAAUUAGUUUUUAUCUUAACGCAGACUCAUAUUCAAAAAACAGUAAAAAAAAUGUGCACCGGAGAUUUAAGUUUAGGACUGCGCUUUUUGUCAGGCCUGGCGCUCACGUCAGAGCAAACGUGA